UCAUGCGGCAUGUUGAAUGGGGCAAGUGCGUAGCCCAUACAGCCCACGUGAGUGAGCGUGGUACAGUGGGAGGAGACUUGCAGAUGUCUUUGAACGCGUCCCACUGAUUUCAGUCAGUCCAACCGGCUUACCCACGCCACGACCCCGACAUCUGUCAGCCACUUAACGUUAAACAAUGAAGAUCUGGGCAUCAGAGCACAUAUUCAACCAUCCUUGGGAGACAGUGACCAAGGCUGCUAUGCAGAAAUAUCCCAACCCUAUGAACCCCAGUGUGAUCGGAGUGGAUGUUUUGGACAGAAGCAUCGACAAACAGGGACGCCUCCACAGUAAAAGACUGCUGGGCACAGAGUGGGGUCUUCCAUCCAUAGUGAAAGCUAUCAUUGGUAGCGCACGAACAUACACGUACGUUCAGGAGCACUCGGUUGUGGAUCCCAAAGAGAAGAUUUUCGAACUUCAGUCUUCAAAUAUCACUUUCACAAACCUGGUGUCUGUGGAUGAAAAGUUAACAUACAAACCACACCCUGAGGACAAAGAGAAAACAAUAUUGACCCAGGAAGCGAUCAUCUCUGUGAAAGGAGUCAGCCUGAGCAGUUACCUGGAGGGAGUAUUGGCCAGCUCCAUCUCUGCGAACGCUGGAAAGGGCCGUGAAGCCAUGGAGUGGGUAAUCAGGCGACUGAAUGCAGAGAUCGAGGAGCUGGCAGCCACAGCGCGCGGGACCAUGCGAGUCCCUUUGGCUGCUGCGGUCACUGAGAAAUGACACCCGCACGCGGCCCUGGUGCUGUUUCGGUGCUCUGGAGUUCAUCCAAUUCAUAUACUUUUACUAUCUACAUUAGAUAAAUAUUUUUUUUUAACAGCACACGGCAACAUAAUGUGAUUCGGUGGAGCGUCUUUAGGGGAUGCUGCCUGGCAGGACCGCAGUGAUAAGAGACUCUGGGACAAGUUUAAACACCACUGUUAUCUGUGGGUUUAAAAACAUGAAGCUAAGAAGUAACCAAGGCACUGGAUGAGCUGAAAACAUGGAAAGUACCAAAGCAGACGCACCUCUUUGUGUCCGCUUUUACCUCAGAAGUUUCCUUUGGAAUAGACUCUGUUUUUUACAGCGACAGUUGAAAGAACAACGGUUAUAAUGAGACGUAUAGAGGUGACUGGGAGUAAAAAAAGCUGCUGUCAAGACACGCUGGCAGGAAACAAAUCUUUUUGAGGCAGGAGUCAAGUGCAAUACAAGUCAAGGGUACAUGGAAGAGGUUUUGAGUGUAUGUGAGUAAAUGGUUUGGUUGACACUGUGAUAUGUCAAAGAAAUGUUUCACCGUCACCGGUUUAUUUGUGCAAGAGAGCCAUCUCCAACAAUGUUUUCAUGCGGGACCUCAGUAAUGAAAAGAUUGCACCAGGCGACAUCUGUACGCCUGAAUAUAGACUGUAUUUUGUUAUUAUAGUGAUAACUAAUGUUAUUUAAGUGAAAUGAAGGGAUCAUGGUAUAUUUUAAUGUUUUUGCAGAAACGUAGAAGACCUUCUCAAAUGCUGCGUUCCUAUAACUGAUAUAAAUAAGAAAGAUGUGCAGAUACUUUUGUUACGUUUUCAGUUUCACUACCUGGAUAUGUUUGCUGAACUCAAAUAGUUGUAUUCAUACUACUGUUCCUCCGUUAUAACAGCGUGAGAGCUGAGACCUUUGCAUUGACUUUUAUUUGCACUUACGAAACAAUACAUGCUAACAAUGAAAAGCUGCUACACGUGUGACGAUCUGUGAAUGUUUGUUUGAUUGACACAUUGUAUUUGAGGAGGUCUUUCUUUAUAUAAAAGACAGCAGUGUGAUGAUGCUGAAAGAUUUAGUGUCUCUAUUUUUUUUUUCCUGUAACAGGAAUAUGUAUUUACAGAAGUAGUGAGUUUCAACUUGGGUUGAACAUUGAGAAAUGUGACAUCACAUGCUUAUUUUGAAAUUGCAAUGUGUGCAUUUUGUCUGGGUGCAUGUUAAAAGAAACGGUUUCACCAACUGCAGAAUGUGAUAAUAAAAUAAAAAUAUGUUAAACAAAUGUAUUCAGAAAGAUAAAUUCUCUCUUUUUUAGUUAGACUUCUAUAUAAGUUAUCAUAUAUCUCAUAUAGAGUGGAUAUUUAUCUAAUUUAUGUAUUUUCAAGUCGCAAAAGGGUCUGUGUGAAAGCUUACUCUGGUCAGUGCAUACGAUUCUGCCUUUGGGAGGUUCAGUCAAUGACUGCCUUUCAAAAGGAAUUGUUACCUUCAGGGUGGGAAGGUAUAAUAUGUGUGCUGUGCUUCUCUAUAUAGUCAGAGGCUACACACUGAAACACCAUCAGCAGAUAUGGACCAGUAAACUGCAAUCUUCUAACUCACUUUAAUUCAAGAGUUCUGCUGCCACACUUUGGCCAAAUUGUAGACGAGUGGAAAAAAAAUAUAUAUAUAAAAAAUAUAUAUUGAUUAUGUAAUGCCAUCUUGUUGAAAAGGUUGGGCCAAUGUUAACUAUAUGUGCUUGUUUUUCAAGUUACAGACUGGGAAAAGAAAGUGUGAAGUGAAUAGUUGAAAAUAAAGUUAUUUACUGUA